GAGAUAGAGUUACAAAAAUUACAGCUAGAAAGCCAGAAUAAGUCAUCCGAUCAUUCUACCCCUUAUUUUGAUGUAACUAAACACAUUAGGAUGGUUCCACCGUUCCAGGAACGGGAAGUCGAUAAGUACUUUUUACAUUUCGAGAAGGUUGCCAAAAACUGCAACUGGCCGAAGGAAAGUUGGACAAUGCUCUUGCAAAGUGUCCUCCUAGGGAAAGCUCGGGAAAUUUUUUCACAGCUUACGGUAGAAGAUUCCGGAGAGUACGAUACGGUAAAGCGACUAAUUCUGAAGGGGUACGAGUUGGUUCCCGAAGCGUAUCGCCAAAAAUUCCACAUUUUAGGCAAAUCAAGUAAUAAAACCUUUGUGGAAUUUGCGCAAGAAAAGGCUCAGCUUUUCGAUCGCUGGUGCACAUCAGAAAAUGUGGAGAAUAAAUACGAUCGUUUACGCGAGUUGAUUUUGAUUGAGGAAUUUACAAAUUGUCUUAGUAAUGAUGUUAGAACUUUCGUGACUGACAAAAAACCGGAAACACUAAGUGACGCAGCAUGUUUGGCAGAUAAUUUCUUGCUAACACACAAAUUUUCGACCACGGGUAUAAAAUCAAAUAUGUUUCCUUCUCGCGGCAACAGCCUUGCAUUUGACAAUAAAUGUCUGCCACCUCCUAGGCAAUUUCAGGGACGAUAUCCAGGCAAUGAUUUUAGCUCUUUCAACAACAAACCACGCAAUGGACCGCCAGAAUCUUGGCGUAGACCAUCACCAUUUAAGUCAAUUGUUUGUGAUUAUUGUAAACGAAGUGGUCACACAAGGUCUGAAUGUCAUUCGCUUAAAUUUAACAGACCACCACCAAAACCAACACGUUUUAUUUCUUCGUCAAACACGAAACCAGAAUUUCAUAGUUUAUACGAGCGGCAGCAACAACCAAAGCAACAUGUCGUUGAGAGUAAACAAUAUAUUCACAAGGGUCAAUAUAUUGACCCUAGUAUGGACACAUUUAAGCCAUUUAUAUUUGAUGGUUCUGUAUCGCUCUCAAAUGACCAAUCAAAUGUUUAUUUACCAAUCAAGAUAUUGCGAGAUACAGGUGCUUCACAAUCGUUGAUACUAACCAGAACAUUACCAUUUUCUACAAAUUCGUAUUCGGGCAAAAAUGUUUUGAUAUGCGGCGUUAACUCCAAAGACUAUCGUUCAAUGGUGACAGGCGAUGUUUCCUUAGGCGUGAUUGAGUCUUUACCUUUUGAUGGGAUACAUUUGUUAUUAGGAAACGAUUUAGCUGGCGAUAAAGUUACAGUUAACCCAAUUUUAACAAACAAACCAUGUCUUUCUCAACAGCCUGAUCCGGUUGAACAAGUUAUUCCAGAUUUAUAUCCUUCAUGUGCGGUUACUACAGCCAUAAAAAAACGGCAAGAUCAUGAGAUAGAUAAUGUGCGAGCAGAUGAAAUUGACAUGUCUGACACUUUUCUUUCAAAAGUAUCUGAAAAUUUGGAUGCAAAUGAUAAUCAAAGUAGUUUUUCAAAAUCUAGCCCUAUUAGAGAGCAACAAAAUGAUCCUGAGAUUUCUGCGCUUUACCAAAAGUCUUCAGACGAGAUGGAUGCCACAGGCGGUCCUGUGUGCUAUUUUAUUAAAAACGGAGUGUUAAUGAGGAAAUGGCGACCCCCUGAUGUUUCUGCCGAUGACGAAUGGGCUUUUCGAUAUCAAAUUAUAAUUCCGAAGUCUUAUCAAUCCGAAAUUCUUAGUUUGGCGCAUGACACUCCACUUUCGGGUCAUUUGGGAAUAAACAAAACGUUACAAAAAGUCACUACCCAUUUCUAUUGGCCCGGGGUUCGAAAAGACGUCGUUCAAUUUUGCAAAACUUGUCACACAUGCCAAAUUGUUGGAAAACCAAACCAAGUAAUUCCUAAAGCACCAUUAAAACCAAUUCCGGCUUUUGAAGAACCGUUUAGUAGAGUCAUGAUUGAUUGUGUCGGACCACUGCCUAAAACUCGAAAAGGAAACCAAUAUCUCCUAACCAUUAUGUGUGUUUCGACUCGAUUUCCAGAAGCUAUACCUUUAAGAAAUAUUAAGGCGAAAACUAUUGUUCAAGCGCUUACAAAAUUUUUUACUCUAUUUGGACUUCCAAAAUCCAUUCAGUCGGACCAAGGAUCGAAUUUUAUGUCGGGCUUAUUUCAGCAAGUAAUGCAGGAACUAGGCAUCAAACAGUUUAGAUCAAGCGCUUAUCAUCCGGAAAGUCAAGGAGCACUAGAGCGAUUUCACCAAACAUUGAAAAACAUGAUUCGGAUGUAUUGCCAGGACACCGAGAAAAGUUGGGACGAAGGAAUUCAUUUACUUUUAUUUGCUGCACGCGAUUCAGUUCAAGAAUCUUUAGGCUUUACUCCGUUUGAGCUUGUUUUCGGACAUACCGUUAGGGGACCACUUAAACUCCUGAAGGAGAAGUUGCUUGUCGACGACGACAGUCCUUUAAACCUUUUAAAAUAUGUUUCAGAUUUCCGUACGAAACUCACAAAAGCAUGCGAUUUGGCUAGAGAAAAUCUUAAGUCGGCCCAAAAAUGCAUUAAGGAAAAGUAUGACAAAACUACCGUAACGCGAAGUUUUCAACCCGGCGACAAAGUACUUGCCUUUCUUCCGGUCCCUGGAACACCCUUGCAUGCUAGGUAUUUUGGCCCCUAACUCGUAGAAAAGAAAGAGAAUUAUUUAAAUUAUGUCAUAGUUACCCCCGAUAGACGUAAGAAUAAGCAGUUAUGUCAUGUAAAUAUGCUAAAAUCAUAUUAUGAGAGAAAGAAUGGUGUGCAGGUAGUUAACGUCAUAGAUGAAGCAAAUAAUAAUAUAGAAUAUCCAACCGAACUCUUCAAUCUGUCUGAGUCAACUAAACUCCAUAACUCUGAUGUUCUUCGCGAUAUGGAUACAAAGUUAAGCCACCUAAAUGAAUCUCAACGAAGAGACAUCGAAGUUUUAGUACAGGAAUACCAAUGCUUAUUUCCAGACGUACCCUCCAGGACAGACCAUAUUGCCCACGACGUAGAGAUCAACGUAGCCUGCUCACAGGCUCUAUUAUAUAGAGCCUGCGACUUUUGUUGAUAUUUUUUCAAUACGCCCCCUUUGAGAUAAUUGAAUAUCCGGUAAAUAGUAGCCAAUCAAAGCAAGUUUUGUUAAUUAGAUUACCAGAGGUUAUUAACAACAACAAACAGUUUCUCGCGCAAUUUUACGCCUGUAUCUUUCACUAGGAUUCCAAAGUCUAAACUUUAAUCUAAAAUAAUUCAUGGUCGUUUUUUCCCUAAAGUGUUCUAAUAUUUAAAACAUAGUCCCGUUUGUAUAUUGCUGUCUUGUUCGUACAUUGCCGUUUUAAAUUAUGUAACUAUACUACAGAGACGUAAAAUUUUACUCUAUUUAUAUCCAAAAUAUAACUGUAAGAUUUAAGGAAACGUAUUUAGGUUUUGAACAAAGUAACAAACACUAUUUAUUAAAAGUGUCGAACAAUAGCAGGCUAAAAAACAACAUUAAUCAUUAUUGCGUGAAGUCUGUCAUUUGCUCAACUGAUAAUACAAUUAACUCAAUAGACAAUAGACAAUUUGAAAACCCGUGGCCGUGGCAUCGAUUCUGCCGUGUUUAAUAACUACAUUUUUUUGUAAAAAGCUCUUGUUAUAAUAAUAUAUGUCACUAGUUGAGACUCCCAAAAAUAAAGUCUCAAAGAGAGAGCGGACUUCGGUCAAAAAACACGCAAACGACUAUUGCAAAAUUUCCAGGUGUAAAUUCAAAUUGGCCAGGUGUUCUAAGAACGACUUUCCUCGACGGCGUCUGUUUUAAUAAUUUGCCCAUUGUCUUGACUUAUUCAAGACCAGAUUGUUUAGGCAGAAAGCCUUGGGGUUGACAGGGAAGUAUUUGGGAGAAAUGUUCGGAGGCAUUUGACAAUCAACUGCUUUAUACUAGCUGAUUCACUGCCUGUGUCGACUCAACGAACGUCUCGCUGGGCUAACCUUAAGUUGUUCACUUCAACGUUUGAAACCGCAAGUGAUGCAAACGCAGUUAGAUAAAUUGUCAGCCUGAACUAGCCUUAUUUUACUCUCUCUGCAAAGAUCAGCAAGGCAUACAUCGAAGUUUUCCCUUGUACUUCUUUGGAAAAGGUUUAUUAUUAUAGCUGACGAAGACAAAGUAUCGGUAUAUUAACUUUUAUCAAAUCCCGUUGGAAGUACAGUUAAUAUUGCUAACCUUCGCUCAUCCUUCAACGUUAAUUUAAAUUGAAAGGUUUCUCAAAUACAUUCAGUUUAAUACUUCUUCGAAGAGAUAAACAAAGUCAUGGUUUUAUACGCCACUGAUUGAAUGCCAGCUUUAAAAUUACAUUGCGAAUGUCGUACGCGUUAAAUAUUUGCACGAUAUUAACUCAUGGGGCACUUCUGACCAAUGGGAAUUUUGCGUACGCUCCGUACGCAUAAAUCGACUUUUUACUAAUAAAGGUCGCAGGCCGUUCCUCGUGCAGCCUCUGCCUGACAACGGCCUGCGAGCGGGCUAAGAUCAACGAUGCGCCACCUAUCAAACAACACCCAUACCGUCUAAACCCAACGAAGCAAAAACACCUCGAAGCAGAAAUCGAGUACCUCCUCGAGAAUGAUUUCAUCGAACCAAGCCAAAGUAGCUGGAGUUCACCUUGUUUGCUAGUUCCCAAACCUGAUGGUAGUUAUAGGAUGUGCACGGACUAUAGAAAACUUAAUAAUGUGACGAAGGCGGAUACGUAUCCCAUUCCGCGGAUUGAUGAUUGUAUUGACAAAAUUGGAACUGCAAAAUACGUCUCCAAGUUUGAUUUAUUGAAAGGUUUCUGGCAGAUUCCACUUACUAAACGUGCGAAAGAGGUCUCAGCAUUCGUGACUCCGAAAGGUCUCUACCAAUAUAAAGUGAUGCCUUUUGGCAUGCGUAAUUCGCCAGCGACCUCCAACGGCUGAUAAAUAAUGUUAUCGCGGAGAUAGAAGGCUGCGAAGGGUUACAUUGACGACGUAAUAAUAUACAGUGAUACGUGGGAAGAACAUUUGAAGAUUAUGCGGAAAUUCUUUAAACGACUCAGCGACGCGAAGCUAACGAUCAAUAUAUUAAAGAGUGAGUUUGGAUGUGGUCAUGUCACCUACUUAGGACAUAUCGUCGGGCAAGGUCAAGUGAAGCCUGUCGAAGCAAAGGUCGAAGCCAUCUCGAUGUUUCCUCAACCGGCGUCGAAAAAACACGUGAUGCGUUUUCUCGGUAUGGCAGGUUAUUACCGAAAGUUUUGUCCAAAUUUUUCUGCUAUCACGGAGCCUUUAACUCGGUUGCUGCAAAAGAACGCCAAGUUUCAUUGGACUGAACAAUGCCAGUUUGCUUUUGAGCAACUCAAGGCAAUGUUGCAACGUGCUCCUGUUUUGUCAGCCCCAGACUUCAGCCGACCCUUUAAACUAGCUGUUGAUGCAAGUGACAUCGCUGCCGGAGCAGUAUUAUUACAAGAGGACGACGAUGGAAUCGACCAUCCGGUAGCUUAUUUUUCCCGCAAGUUUAACCACCAUCAACGCAAUUAUUCCACUGUUGAAAAAGAAUGUCUUGCCCUUAUCCUCGCCCUUCAACAUUUUGACGUGUAUGUUUCUUCAGCCGGAGUUCCUAUCGAAGUAUUCAGUGAUCACAAUCCACUAGUUUUCAUCCACCGAAUGAAGGACAAGAAUCAACGUUUGUUGCGAUGGAGCUUGAUAUUAUCGGAAUACAACAU